UAUGUCCUAAUUUCUACUACAUAAACCAGCGUGUCGCUUGAUCGUGCCAGUCAGGAGUCAGGAUGCUUCGUCUCUGUGUCGCCGUCGUCGUCGUCGUCGUGGCUUGCGCGCUGCCGCAGCCAAAUAUCAAACAUCUGAAACCUGGAGGCUUCGAGGUUUCUGUUGAUGAUGUUCCAGGUUUGCAGUGGAAGCGAAUCAAGUACGUCAUCGACGGGAAGGCAUUUUCGGAGAAACUGCAUCAGUCGGUGGAUGGUACGUGGAAGCACCACAAGAACGACGGUGAUGUCACAUCCGGCCGCAAAAUCAAGUACACAUUGGUCGGCACACAUAAUGGAAAGAAGAUUAUGAAAAGUGGUUCGAUGAAAGCAGAGCAGACGGGCAUAUCUGUGCUCCCUCUGGAUCACCCUCGACGCCAGUCAGGCACCCUCGUGUUCCGGGACGACUUCGAUGGUGCCGUGGACACUUCCAAUUGGGACUAUGAAAUAUCCAUGUAUGGCGGUUAUAACUGGGAGAUUCAGGUGUACACUAACGACCCACUGAACGUCUUCACCAGAAACGGGCACUUGUUUUUAAAACCGACGCUCACUUCCGAAAAGUUCAACGAGGGUUACCUUCAUACUGGAACCAUGGACGUUGCACAACUGUGGGGUCGAUGUACGAAUGCCGACAGAUAUGGGUGCGUACGUCACGGUAGGGACGGUCUCCUUCCACCGGUCAUGUCCGGUAAAAUCACGAGCAAAAAGACAAUUCGGUUUGGUCGCGUCAACGUGCGCGCACGAGUUCCUCAGGGCGACUGGAUUUGGCCAGCUAUCUGGAUGCUGCCACGUGACUCUCGCUAUGGCGGAUGGCCGGCUUCCGGUGAAAUCGACCUGAUGGAAAGCCGAGGCAACAGUGUUGCGCGCGCACCUGACGGAAAUGACCAUGGACGAAACGAAAUCGGUUCAACUUUACACUGGGGACCCGACGCUGGGCAAAAUAAAUUUUACCUCACGCAUGGAGAAAGGGACGACAACUCCUACUCCAAUUCUUUCCAUGUGUACUCAUUGGACUGGACAGUUGACCACAUCAUAAUCUUAGUCGACAACAUCGAGGUGUUGCGUGUCAAUAUCGAAAACGGCGGAUUCUGGCAGAAGGGCGGAUUUGGCGGCAACAACCCGUGGUCUGGUGGAACAAAGGCCGCCCCAUUCGACCAGGCGUUCUACCUGAUUUUGAACGUUGCCAUCGGAGGAACCAAUGGUUUCUUCCCGGAUGACUGGACGUACAACAGCCGGAAACCAUGGAACAAUAACUCUCCGACAGAGCCUGCUGAUUUCUGGAACCAUAAGAACGAUUGGCUCCCGUCUUGGCAAGGGGACAAUGUCGCAAUGGAGGUCGACUACGUGGAGAUGUUCCAGUACUAAACACUUGUCAUUAAUGUAUCGAGCAUCGCUCUGAGAAACGGGGCUUUAUGCAUGUGCGAAAAGUGUCGUCCAAGAUUAGCCUGUGCGAACGGCACAGGCUUAUUUAGGACGAAACGUUUUGCUUUAAUUGGAUUUUCGCUCAGAAAACACUUCCUUUUAACGAAAAAUACCAUGAAAGCGAACAAGUUUCGUCCAUAAAUGAUCUUUGCGAACUGUACAGGCUAAUCUAUGACAACAUUUUAUGCAUUUAGACCCGAUUUCCUAGAGCGAUUUAAAUCUGUGUUGUUGUUGUUGUUUUUUACAAAAUCGCAUUCCUUAUUUUAUGUAAUAAAUUAAAUUCUUGAGAAGUU